GGUGCCACCGUGCGUGCUGAGGGCUCGGCUAUUGUGAUUGGUCGCAUCAUGAGCGGAGGUCUCAUCGAACGCUCAGGCCUUCUGAACGAGGGUGAUGAGCUGCUUUCCGUCAAUGGCAUCGAUCUCACCGGCAAGGACGUUGAUUACGUCAGCGACACACUGGUAAGGUCUUCUGUUUCCCUCUCACUAACCCACAAGCCCAUCGCCUGA